GAAGAAGAAGACGUCAGGCCGUAAACGCUCGUCACACCUGACGUCACCCGGGUAUGUGUUUUGAAAGGAGUAGUCUGGUGAGCGACGGAAGGAGUCGGAUUAUUCUUCGGCGGAAACCGUAGACAGCCAGAUUAUGAACGCUGAAAGAUCCAGACCGGACUCCCCCCUGUGCGGGUGAUGGCAGCAGCGCGCUCGCAGUCACAUGACAGCAACUCCAGUGAUACCGAAAACUGGGGUCGAAACGCGACGAGCCGACCUCGCAAAUUCUGCAAGCAUUCGAGCAGCAGUCAGGCCCGAGGAUCUCGAGUGGUGGCAGAACAGAGGAAGAUGAGUCUCCAUGGUGCCAGUGGUGGCUGUGACCGCUCACGUGACCGCCGCCGCUCCAGCGAUCGCUCCAGGGACUCCUCACACGAGCGAGAAGGCCAGCUCACCCCCUGCAUUCGCAAUGUCACCUCACCCACCCGCCAGCACAACAGUGAACGUGAGCGUGAUGGUGGCCCUUCAUCAAGGCCCAGUAGUCCACGGCCUCAGAGGAUCUCUCCCAGCGGCUCCAGCAGCAGUGGGAUGGUGAGCAGUCGCAACAGCAGCCUGUCGAGCACUGAAGGAACCUUCAAAAGCUUGGGAGUCGGAGAAAUGGUUUUCGUCUACGAGAAUCCCAAAGAGGGAGGAGCGAGUGCCACUGUCGGGAACCGAAACAUUAGAACCUCAGAAAGAGUCACUCUGAUUGUCGACAAUACACGUUUUGUAGUAGAUCCCUCCAUCUUCACUGCACAGCCCAAUACCAUGUUGGGCAGAAUGUUUGGAUCUGGAAGAGAACAUAAUUUCACACGGCCCAACGAAAAGGGGGAGUACGAGGUGGCCGAGGGAAUCAGCUCAACGGUUUUCCGAGCAAUUCUGGACUACUACAAAUCGGGAAUAAUCCGUUGUCCCGAUGGAAUCUCCAUCCCUGAGUUACGGGAGGCAUGUGACUAUCUAUGCAUCUCCUUCGACUACAGCACCAUCAAAUGCAGAGACCUCAGUGCCCUGAUGCAUGAGCUUUCCAACGAUGGGGCUCGGCGACAGUUUGAGUUUUACCUGGAGGAAAUGGUUCUGCCUUUGAUGGUGGCCAGUGCUCAGAGUGGAGAGAGGGAAUGUCACAUUGUUGUCCUUACUGAUGAUGAUGUGGUGGACUGGGAUGAAGAAUAUCCACCGCAAAUGGGAGAAGAGUAUUCACAAAUAAUCUACAGCACAAAACUGUACAGAUUUUUCAAGUAUAUCGAAAACCGAGAUGUUGCCAAGUCCGUUUUAAAGGAUAGAGGAUUAAAGAAAAUAAGACUGGGCAUUGAAGGUUACCCUACAUAUAAAGAGAAAGUCAAGAAACGUCCAGGAGGUCGUCCAGAGGUCAUAUACAACUACGUCCAGAGGCCCUUCAUCCGCAUGUCCUGGGAGAAGGAGGAGGGUAAAAGCCGCCACGUGGACUUCCAGUGUGUUAAGUCCAAGUCCAUCACCAACCUGGCGGCAGCGGCAGCUGACAUCCCCCAGGACCAGCUGAUGCACCCCGGCCCCCAAGUCGAUGAACUGGACAUCCUACCUAAUCACCCACCAAGUGGGAAUCAUUACAGCAACAACUACAGCAACGAGCCAGACCCGGAUGCCCCUUCACCUGCCGUCUGAGGACGCUCUGGUCCUCUUUUAAUGCCUCUGCUCCUUUCCUACUCUUGUAGUCCUACUCCCAGCAUGCUGCAGCGUGGAGCGCCACGGGCACCAUAACCAUAUUGCCUUGAAACCUCCUUUGCAGCCUUAGAGCCUCAAGAACCUGGAUGACUUUAGAAGAAGAAACAUGAGGGAUACCAGACUGGUGAAACGAAAAGUUCACUCUUAUUAUUUUCUUUUUGUUUUUUACUUGAACAAAGGAAUUUAUUUUUCUUUUUGGGGGGGAAAAAAAUCGGUAAAACACUUAUAAAUAACAUAUUAUUUACAAUGUUAUCGUACCUUAAUUUGAUAAGUUUGGCUGAGCACUCGUGUCACUGUUUUAUUUCACUGAUGAUUUUUAUUUUUAUUGUCUUGGGUGGCCUAACUACUAAAUGUGCUUUCGGGGGGAAUCCAAGACUCGCUAGUAUGACUUUCUGGUCAUGGAGAAAAUCGGUAAUAACCAUUUAGUGUCAUAAUCUCCAGUUGAACUCCCGUCAUGUCUUUGAAUCUUGUAACAGGGUUAUGUAGUUAUUGACCGGAUCCGAUAUGUGAUGUUAUGCUCCUCCCACGGCCAAGAUACUAAGCAGAGCAAGGGCUCUUGUGUUCAAAAUCUUUUUGUGCAAAGCUUGAAAUUGUUGAAUGAUAAAAAAAAUCUCAAAUCAUGAAAUAAAGACCUCAAAAUAA